AUGGAUUUCGAACGCGGGGCAGGUGGUGCAGCUCUGUGCCACCCGGGAGGCCUUUGCAGCGCUCAGGCGCCCGGGGUGGGGGUUCCAGCUCGCCGGGCGAGGGGCGACGGGGGCGUCGCCACCUGGGGCUCCAAGAGCUGCGGGGGCGACAGCGGGCGCGUGGCGAAUCAGCUGCAGGAGGUCCUCUCCCUGCGGUCCACGGACGAGGCCUUUGUGGGGCUCACUGCCUCCGGCGCCGUGGUCGCCUGGGGCGACCCUCUCGCCGGAGGCAGCGCCCCCAGCGCCGUGACCUCUGCUGAGGCGCAGGUGGCGGAGGUGGUGAGCACGCGCAAGGCCUUCGCGGCCUUGCGCCGGGACGGCACGGUGGUCGCCUGGGGUGACCCUCAGCUGGGCGGCGAUGCCUCGGAAGUCCAACAUUUGCUGACCGAGGUGGCCCGGCUCUUCGCCAGCGGCGGCGCCUUCGCGGCGCUCAAAGCCGACGGCGCUUUGAUCCUUUGGGGCGACGUAGCGAUCCCCCGACUCAGCGAGGUGGUGGAUGUGGCCACCUCGGAGAAGGCCUUCUGCUGUUUGGUGGCGGAGGGCUCGGUGGUGGUGGGCCCCAGUGGCGGCACCGUGUCCGCUUGCCACCCCACGCCUGAGCCGCCGCGGCUGGCGGCCGCGAAAGGCGCGGGCGAAGCCUUCGCAGUGCUGCAGGGCACGCGGCUGCUGAACCUCACGCCGCUGGAGGUGCCGGAGGCGCUGGAAGACAUGCACUUCGUAGAGCUCCACAGCACCUCCGGCGCAUUCUGCGGCCUCACCGGCGACGGGCGCCUGGUCGCCUGGGGCGACCCAGAGCGCGGCGGCGCGCGGACGGAGACCGCGGAGGAUGCGGACGCGACGAAGUCCGUGGUGCAGGUGGUGGCCAGCCUGGGCGCCUUCGCCGCUCUGAGGAGCGACGGCUCCGUGACCGCCUGGGGCCAUGCCUUCUCAGGGGGCAACUUCGCAGAUGUGCAGCACCUGCUGUCAGAGGCGGACGGAUCGUUCGAAGCAACGGACUGGGAACCUUAG